GUGUUUUGAUGAUGCUGACUUUUGAGGUUUCUUCAACUUCUUGGAUAGAUAUAUGUGUUGAAUUUCUAUGAAACUGACAGAUAGCUUUGUGAAUUUUACAUUCUUAACCAUAGAUGCAUUUUACAAUUUGCUGCAAUGACCGGGUUUUUUAGUUGACAGAUGAGGCAAAAUCUAACUUUGCUAUCAACACAAUGAACAUUUAUUGCAGUUUCAUGCUGUUUUACUGAGCUCAGUACACUGCAAAUACAUUUUCGAUAUCAAUAUCCCCCACUGACUGUUAAAUGCUUUGCAUGUUAAUGGUUAAGUUGUUCAAUAAGUCUUCUACAUUACUGAAUUUACUGUCCAAUCAAUUGUAUCACCAAAUCAACAUUCCAGAAAAGGCCACUUAAAACCCCUUUCAAAAUCGGCUCUUUUGUUAGCUUCAGGUGCGUGGAACAUUGCUGCAUUUCAGGGAAACUGCAUUUCAGCACCAUGGACAGUGGAAGCUAGGAGUCUUCACACUGGCGUACCCAUUCCCCUACUCAGACUCUUUAUGUCAUCAUCAUUCUACAUGUAGCUCAAUUUAUCUUUAACGUCGACAUUUAACAAAUAGUUAAGUAAUCUGUGGUUUGUUUCUGCUUGAUUAUUUUAAGAAUUUAAAAAGAUAAUGUAUUUCAAUGAUGGUGUCCAUAACCUUUUGUUUUGAGCCACUAACAGUUUGUGUCUACACAAAUGUUGGUAAGAUUCAUUAAUGAUGUAGUUUCUCUUGCUGAGCUCAACGGGCCGCUGUUGGCCUGUUUGUUGUAGUGAAUGAACAAUUCGAAGCAGAAAUACCCCGUGUAAGCCUGUCCUUAUAGCAGAAAGACGUCGUAUGCUCUUUCCACGAUACCGCAUUCUCUACGCACGGACAUAUGAAGUAGGGAUAAUUUCUACUGGACCGUUUAACUAUUUUUCCUUUUGGGUUGCCUUUUGAUUCAAAACCAAUGGGAUUUUAACCGGAAUCGAGGACGACGUUCACGUUGGAGAUACAGAAAUGUCGGAUAGAACAAUGAGAGUGCCAGGAGGCCUACUGCUGUUCAUCUCCGUCCUCUCUUUCUGUUCGGUUUCUGGUCAGGUCAGUUACUCGAUUCCUGAAGAAAUGGCGAAAGGCUCACUAGUCGGGAAUAUCGCUCAGGAUUUAGGAAUAGACAUAAAGAGACUCAAAUCUGGCAAUGCCCGCAUCUAUACAGGAGACAGCGCCGAAUAUAUCGAGUUAAAUAAAGAAAGGGGAGUACUCGUUAUCAAGGAAAAAAUAGACAGAGAGGCGCUUUGUGAACAGACUGCCCCGUGUGCUUUACAUUUUCAGAUUACUCUAGAAAACCCAAUGGAAUUAUUCCCAAUUAUUGUUGAGAUUACAGAUAUUAAUGACAACGCUCCUAUAUUUCCGACGCAGGAAAAACAAUUUGAAAUCAGCGAAUCAGCGGUGGUUGGUUCUAAAUUCAUGUUAGAAAAAGCAAUCGACCUAGAUAUAGGACGUAAUGGUCUUCAAAGCUAUACAUUGAAGCCUAGUGACAAUUUUGUUCUUAAAUUACAUGGUCAAGUCGAUGGAAGUAAGAAGGUAGAAAUGAUUUUACAAAAAUCUCUUGACCGAGAGAGACAGGAGGCGAUCUCUUUGAUUUUAACGGCUGUAGACGGUGGGGAGCCACAAAUGUCUGGGACAAUGCAGAUUUAUAUCACCGUCCUGGAUGCCAAUGACAACGCUCCGGUUUUUACUCAUUCCGUUUACAAGGCAAACCUCAAAGAAAAUUCUGUUAAAGGAACCCUUGUAACGAAAGUGAGUGCAUCUGAUGCAGACAAAGAUACCAAUGGGGAGGUAACGUACGUCAUCGGAAAUAGAAUGGAUAAUGUGGCGAAGCUUUUUAAAAUGUCGAAAGAGGGUGACAUUAUCUUGGAUGGGCCCAUCGAUUAUGAAAAGGCUAAACAUUACCAGAUUGAUAUAGAGGCAAUUGAUCGAGGAGGUUUGUCAGAUUCAAGUAAAGUGAUUGUGGAUAUAACUGACAUAAACGACAAUCACCCGAUCAUUAAAGUAAUUUCUAAAUCCCAAUCCAUACCUGAGGAUUCCUCUGCAAACACAGUUAUAGCCAUGCUGAGUGUACACGAUCCUGAUUCCGAAAGCAAUGGUCGCAUUGCAUGCUUGAUUAAUGAAAAUAUACCGUUUUCAAUUAAAAGCACAUCUGGCAGUUUCUACAGCCUUAUAACAGAAAGCAACUUGGACAGGGAAAAGGCGUCUAAUUACAAUAUCAGUGUUAUCUGUUCAGAUGAAGGAGUGCCAUCGCUUUCUAGCCGCGUAAAUCUAACCUUACUUAUUUCAGACGUCAAUGAUAAUGCUCCUGUUUUUGAUAAAAGUGCCUUUGAGGCGUACAUUGUUGAAAACAACACACCAGGUCAAUCUAUAUUCACAAUCAAAGCAGAAGACGCAGACUGGAACCAGAACGCCCGUGUCUCUUAUAUACUACAGGACUCCUCUUUAAAUGGCGUGCCCGUCUCCUCUUAUGUGUCUGUUAGUGCAGACAGUGGAGUUAUACAUGCAGUCCGCUCUUUUGACUAUGAGCAGAUCAAAGAUUUUCAGUUUUGUAUUAAAGCUCAAGAUGGAGGCUCUCCUCCCCUCAGUAGUAAUGUGAGUGUGAAAAUACUGAUCCAGGACCAGAACGACAACGCCCCUCAGGUUCUGUAUCCAGUCCAGACUGGUGGUUCUCUGGUGGCUGAAAUGGUGCCUCGUUCAGCAGAUGUGGGCUAUCUGGUCACUAAAGUGGUGGCUGUUGAUGUGGACUCUGGACAGAAUGCCUGGCUCUCCUAUAAACUACAGAAAGCCACAGACAGGGCGCUGUUUGAAGUGGGCUUACAGAAUGGAGAAAUAAGAACUAUCCGCCAAGUCACUGAUAAAGAUGCUGUGAAACAAAGACUGACUGUUGUAGUGGAGGACAACGGACAGCCCUCUCGUUCAGCUACAGUCAUUGUUAACGUGGCGGUGGCGGACAGCUUCCCUGAAGUGCUCUCGGAGUUCACUGACUUUACACACGACAAGGAGUACAAUGACAACCUGACUUUUUACUUGGUCUUGGCAUUGGCUGUGGUUUCCUUUCUCUUCAUCACGUGUUUAGUGGUGAUCAUAUCAGUGAAAAUCUACAGAUGGAGACAGUCUCGUAUCCUGUAUCAUUCCAGUCUGCCGGUGAUCCCAUAUUAUCCACCACGGUACUCAGACACUUUGGGGACAGGGACUCUCCAGCAUGUGUACAAUUACGAGGUGUGCAGGACCACUGACUCCAGGAAGAGUGACUGUAAGUUCGGCAACACUGGUAGUCAGAACGUUCUGAUAAUGGACCCCAGUUCUACAGGGACCAUGCAGAGAAUACAGAGUGAAAAGAGCAUCCUGGAUGAACCAGACUCUCCACUGGAGGUUAGAAAUUAACCAAUUAUCUAC